UAGAGGGAAUAUAAAAUAAAUGGAAAAAAUGUGUUUAUACUUCCGUGCGAGCUGACAGGACGUGAGUUUGUUCAGAUGAUCAUCAAAGACAAAGAGCGGAGAGGUCCUUAAGUCAUGGAGCAGUGUGAACGACAGCAGCAAACCUGAGAGUUUAACUCCAUCAUGUCCGCCAAUGGGAGCUCAGAUACAGACUGCAGGUCAGAGAUCAGACCUAGCAACACAACCUGCAGUCACAGGGAGCUCUCUGUCACCACCUCUGUCAUCUCCAUGACAGUGGGCAUCUUAUCCAACAGCCUCGCCCUCUUCAUCCUUGUCAAAUCCUACAAACGCAUCCAGAUUAAGUCUAAGGCCUCCUUUCUGCUGUUUGCAAGCAGCCUGGUGGUCACAGACCUGCUGGGUCACCUCAUCAACGGCUCCCUGGUGCUGUUUGUGUAUGGCUCUCACAAGAAAUGGGAGAUAUUUGACCCUCACCGCAUCAUGUGCAGCAUCUUUGGAGCAUGCAUGGUGUUCUUUGGCUUGAGCCCCUUGUUUCUUGGAAGUGCAAUGGCGGUGGAGCGCUGCAUUGGAGUCACCAGGCCCAUCUUCCACUCCACAGCGCUAGCUUCCCAUCACAUGAAAAUGCUGUUGGGACUCACCUGGCUGCUGGCUGCGCUGGUGGCUGUGCUGCCUGUGGCUCUAUGGAGGCCCUAUAAGGUUCAGAGUUCCAGAAGCUGGUGCUUCUUCCAUAUGGAGGAGCCCAAAGACUGGCUAGAUGUGCUCCUGCCUCUGCUGUUCUCCAUGCUGGGACUUUUGGCUCUGCUUCUCUCGAUUGUGUGCAACUCUCUGACUAGUUGUGCUCUGCUGCAGGCCAGACUGAGGCGCAAACAUCACUGCAGGGGCCCAUCCUACCACAUCGAGAUGAUCUGCCAGCUGCUGGCUAUCAUGUUGGUGUCCUGUGUGUGCUGGGGCCCUUUACUGAUCCGUGUCAUCAUCCUGACCACCAGAGCUAAAGACGAGCCAACCUCCUUCAGCCUCCUCAUGGUGGUGCGUAUGGCCACAUGGAACCAGAUCCUGGACCCCUGGGUCUACAUCCUCCUGAGGAAGGCUGUUCUGAGGAAACUCUUCAUGUUGUUUCAUGGCUGCAUGGGUUCAAGAUCUCACAACCUGAACAGUUGGCAACGCACCGUCCUCCGCAGCUCAUUGGAGACAAGCAACCUAGCUGCUGGUCCAUCCUGUGGCCUCAGUAGAUUACCCCCACCAGACACUGCGAUCAAAUCCAUUACCUGA